CUUCCAAGACCCGCUUCGAAGAGAGGAAGGUGCCUUUGUUGACCCGGUGGGAGAGGAGCAAGAUGUCAGGCCUGGACGUGGAGGAUUUUAUUCAACAGAACCGAGCUCUGGCCGACCAGGUGGAAACGUUUCGAGGUUACUGGGAGAGUGACAAACACUGGCAGGCCAGGAGGGAGUUCAUUCUGCGGAACAUAAACGACUACGAGUUCCAGCAGCUGGACCACCUGCUCUCCCUGUCCAUGGUCUGGGCCAACAACGUGUUUCUCGGCUGUCGGUAUAGCACAGAGCUCCUGGAGAAAGUCAAAGAAAUGGCUGAGGGCAUCGUGGUGGAGGACGCACCGGUCUUCAAGACAAGAGAUGAGAUUAUUAAGAAGCAACAGGGUCGAUGAGCAGCUCAGUCGUUUCGUCUCACGUGGUCGUAUCGGAUCAAAACUGAAGGGACUCGGCUGUUAUGUACACUCAGGCUGUGCUUGUAACAUGUCAGACCACAUUUCUGUGGGUUUUUUACUGUGCUACAUUGUUUAUGAUGGAUGUGAUGAGAGUGUGAGAAUCAAAAACCUUUUUCUAUGACACCCAGAAAGACCGGGUUUUUAGAAAUGUAACUGUAUAGAGACAUUAAGAUGUUUUGGCAGUGUGGUAGCCUCACUGCUCAUCAAUUUCUACACGCUUGUUUUACAUUUUUUAAAGUGUAUUCAUUGUUUUUAUUGCUGUUUUUAUAUUAGGUUAGACGCAAGAUGACACUCAUGUCCCUGUUUGAAGCAGAAUAAAGGACUUGUUUUCUUCUCA